AUGCCUCGCGCAAGUUCCCUCCCCCUCUCUUUUAGGUCUCCCCGCCGCGGCUCGUCCUUUGGACGAGCUGAGGUGACUGCUGCCCUCGUCAACCUUGACUUGGGGUCCCAGUCGGGCCUUGCGCCCAUCGCAGAAGACGGUGAUGAGGAUCGCCCCCAACCUUCCAUGUCCCGUCCGAUGCACCCUCCGCGUCGAGCCCCGCUCGAACCGGCCACAAAAUUUCGUGGCUGGACGCCCCAGGACCUUGUGGAUGGCAACGUCCAGUUAAGGUCCGGAGCCGCGGCGGAAGCACAGACGAUUACUCAGGUAAUCGACUUGCUUCCUGUGGAGUACCGUUCGUCGCUCCGCCCCAAGUUCUUCGGGAUUGUGGACAUCGCUACGAAACGCGAAUUGGUGGCCAAUCAAAUAAACCGCCUACGCGUCGACAAGAUCGCCGGUCGUAUCCCAAAUUUCUUACGUAGUUGUAAGCCGCCCACCGUCCAGUUUUCUAAACAGGCUCGGACCGCUCUCCCCAACCUCAGCGAGGCCAUAGUCGAAGGCCAUAAGCAGUACCAAUUGGAACUGCUUGAAGCUGUUAUUAAGGAGAAGGAAAAGGAGGAGCGCCAGCUACAGGCCAGUCUUAACAUCGUUGCCAUCACUAACCGACUUUAUGAAACAAUGGCGGUUAUCUACGAUGAGCUCAAGUCGUCGUCCCUCGUUCCGAAGGACCCGAAGAAGAUGUUGGAAGGGGCGCCUGAAGAUAUGGACGAGGAUGAAGACCUCGUUCCCGCCCCCCAUAUCCAAGCUAUAUACAACUCGCUUAUCCAUGAGGUCCCCAACCUCGUAGCUCGCGUCAUUGUCCUCGCCCGCGCUCGCAUUGUCGCCGAGGAGUCUAAACGCAAAAAGAAGAAGGAGUUGAAAGAUGUGGCCGCCGCAACUGCUGGGGAAUUUGUCCCCGAUAAAUCCAGCAUCGCUAAGAUGGUCGCCGCUCAGGUGAAAAGGCAGUUGAAUGCGAAGGGUCCCAAGCCUGGCAAGGGCGCCAAGGGAGGCAAGAAGAAGAAAGACGCUUCUGGCGAGUCCAAAGCCAAGAAGAAGAAAUCUUCGAAGAAAAAUUCCGACAAGCAGUCGAAAGCCUCGGACUCCAAAAAGGCGAAGUCAAAGAAGUCCAAGAAUGCCAAGCGCUCCAAGGGCAAAGGCAAAGAGAAAUCUUCGUAG